AUGCCUCUGUAUACAAUUCCUCACAGGAAUAAUUCGCACGAGAUUCACUUUUUUAAUCCAAUCAUGAAGCUACCACCACUAAACGAGGCAGCGGGCACGCGGACCUGCAUAACUGACACCAUACAAGAAUCUCACAAAGUGGUAAUAAGCGAGUCACAUGAGGCCUUUUCAACUCAGCCGGAUAAAAAUUUAGCGACAGAAGACAGCUACUUUGACGUCCAAGCUAAACUGUUGCCUCCAGUAGGUGAAAAAUCCAACACGAUAGAACAAGAAUUAUUCGAGAUUGCUGAAAGCAACGUCAAAAAUCGGCGAAACUCCGGAAGAAAUACAAAACUGAAUGAGGAGAUAUCGAAGGCUUUACUGGAAGUUACCAUAAUGGAGCACAAAGACGCAAUGCAAAAAAGUUUCCGUUCAAUGGCUAGACUGAGGCUUACGGAAUUACACAAGUUACUAGGUGUACGAAAUUUAAAAAGUGCUCGAGCGGUCAUCUUCUGGAUGAGACAGAUGAAUGCGAACCAUAAAACGGCGUUAUUACGUCAGCAUGCCUUACGUCAACGUCAGACUGUGGUGGGAAACACCCACCACAUACGAUAUUACCCACCGCGUCAGGAUCACGGACACAGAUGUUACUUUUGCCCGUGUGGUUUUGAGACAGUAACUGAAUUGCACGCACAUCUGAGCACACAGGAACAUGUGUGCUUGGAUUUGCCGCUGACCUGGACACAAUGGCUGCGAGAGCGAAGAAUAAAAUCUCAUAGACUGAUCACCCAUCAGAAGAACAAUAGCAACUGUGGUAUGAACAGUCAGCGCCCGAUUCCCUCGGGUAAACCUGAUUACUCCAGCAUUCCCAAAUGCGCAUCUCUUCCCCAAAGGAAUGAUUUGUACCGCUCUAACAAAGCACAGGAAGAUAGGACUGUCAAAGUAAUGCUAUCCUGUUUUCGUUGUAUCUAUUGUGGGAGGACAAUGAAAUUUCAUCAAGAGUCGGAGCAUCAAUGUUUUCAAGAAAUGAAUGAAUUUCUCAGGCGCGAAACACAGCAUAUGAAUCAGCAUGGAAGUCCAUUUGUUUGCCUGCUCUGUCACGGUCGGGUCUUUGAUAGUCCGACACAACUACAGUUGCAUUUGGUUGCAUUCCACGGGUCUCAGACAGGCGACCACACUACGUGUUCUCUGUGCGGGGUCGAGUUUCGGAAACCAGCGUUUGAAUCCCAACAGUCCAGACAACUCAAGUUGGUUGUCUACUACAGGCAUUUGGUACAGCAGCAUCUACCCAGUUUACUACUCACGGAGAAGUUGUUAUAUAUGGGUGUAAAUGUGAUCCGUAGAAGCGUCACUGAUUGUGCGCCCAUAGAUAAUUCAGUGUACAGGAGUUACCGGUGUGUUUUUCACAAUGACAGGCCUGCCGGGGAUGGAAAACCGUUCCCGUUUGCUCAUUGGCUAAACGAGUACAACGCCUCCGCACAGCGUAUUCGAAGAGUGGAACCAGACGCUUCUAGUCAAGUGGUUCCGAUAGUCUCGCGACGUUCGCCCAUUUGGGAUAAUAUCUUCCGGAUCCAUAUACCCACAGGCAAUCGCCCAAGUAAACAAAGAAGUUACCGUUCUUGUUUGGUAUCACCAGUAGACAUGUUCGAGCAGCUGGUCUCUAGACUGCCCCAGUUAGCAUCUGCUGUCUCAAAUUCCAAACAGCUGUACUGUCCUGCAGGCCGGAAAGGUGGUCUAAAUGACCUAGCCAAACUUACUACGCAUGUCCUUUGUGUACAUGCAGGUAAUCCGUACACGAUUGCGGGAUUCGAAGAUCUGGUAAAGGCCAGACACGUACUACACAGAGUAAAUAAAGGAUUGUAUUCAUCACUCCAUAUAGACCCUCUAGCUGGAGAAUGGAUUAAACAGAACAGAACUCCAACAGACAGUACUUUGCUUCGAUCCCCAUUGGCCACGAGACACAUACACCGGCCGACGGUCAUAUCUAAGUUAAGAAGCCAGCCGGCUUCCAUUGUCGAAGGGUCACAUACAAAUUCAAAUAAUACCUCCAGACUAUCAAAAAUCAAAGAAGAUAAACAGUUAUACAGUUUGUAUUUGGUGGAGAAAAAGACAAAGGGCCCAGUUGAUUUCGUUCAGGUUGUGAAAACGAAUAAAAGACAACUCACCGGUGAUGCAGCUAGAAGGCAAAGACACAAGGAGAGACACCGACGGAUAAAGCGAAAGGCGAGUGCCAGUAGAAAAACAGACAUGGGGCAAACAGACAUGGGCAAGGAGAACCUACAACAAAGUGCACUCGUAGGCCCAAAGGUGUACCGCGAUGACCAGCGCACAAGUUACAGUAGAAUCAAACGAUGGAGCUCACAUACUUUCUCGGACCUUCGCAGCUUACUGGAGUCAGUGUGCUUGCAUCAGAAUUCCUACUGUCGUGCCUGCUUGGCCGGACCCUUCGAAAUCUCCGAUCUAUUGGAUGAACAUAUUCAUAGAGAACAUGCCACCUCCCUCCACGCCCAGCUAAUUCAUCUGAGAAAAACGGAAGCAUUUUCUGGAUUGGUGGAUCCUAUGCGGACAUGUUUUCAGUGCUACUCCGUGCUGAUAGAUCACUGUGCUCUACAGGUCCAUAUGGUUGUCAUGCACGGCAGUAGAUAUCCACUGGUUUGUGGCCUAUGUAAAGAGCCACUGGUGAAUUUGGAGGUUGAUGGCGCCGUGUUUAGAGAAUGUUUGAAUAUAUUGGAGAAGAAUGGUGUGUGUGUCACGGAAGAGAAGCUUAGAGCGUUAAUCAGCCCGGAGCCAGCUUGGAAGAUAGUGUACAUGGAGCAAGUUGAAGGCGCACAAACAAGUAACAAUGAACCAACGUAUACCAUCGAAGGGCUUGAUGAACUAGUGAAGGGCACCCAGGAGAUCGAGGAGUUACGAGCGAUCCUAGCCUCGAUGAAGGCCCAAGUGGCAGUUGCGACCUAUUCUCCAGAGCUAGCACUCCAGGCUAUGCAGUUACAUGAGCAAAGACAUUACAAAACGAUCCGAGAGCGUUACCUGCCCGAUGUAAUUGGUGAAGGGUUUGAGAAAGAACAGAUAAUGUUGAAUAUGCAGCUCUCAUGCUUGACUCAAGGAGUCGGUCCGACAAUGGCGCAACAGUACAGAGAAGUAUACCUGGCUCAAAGUGAACAACAUGAACAGCAGUUGCAACUGAGGAAGAUCCGUUUCGGCAUGGAUGUUUGGGAGAGCUGCACAAGAAGAGAUGAUCACAAGUUGACGGUUGGGGGGAUAUUGAAUGCUCGAAAGACUAUCGUGGACACCAAACACAAGUCUUCACAAAAGCUACCAGAAGAAUUGAGAAGGAUCUUCUCCACGGCUCGAACAAAAACAUCCAGUAGCUACGAGGAUGAGUGAGGAAUACUGGUCAUAAUGACAAAAAGACUCAAAUCCAGUCAAUCUGAGUAGGUGUACUUUUUGAUUUUCUCAAUAGACAGAAAGUUUGAUAAAAAUGACCAAACUCUAUUUAAUGUACAUAUAGACGUGUAUAUGCAUAUGCUCAACUCUUUUGUUGUACUAAUUUAACGAAGACGGUCGAUGAGCAAUCUAAAACAAAAACAAACAAGGGAGGUAGGAAGCAAUAUGUUGGGAUUCUAGUCCGAAUUAUCGUGAUGAAAGCGAGACGGAAACAUCACAUUGGCCAGUGCGGAGGAAGUAAGACAAAAUAAAACAAAAACGAACAAAGCAAAAAAUCUGGGGAGACGGUUGAUAGACAUUGAGUAAAAGUCGUGAGCUUUCUUUCCGAAGACUGUUUGCAUUUUGAGAGAGAGAGAGUAGGGGCUAGAAAACUUUGGCGCUGGUUGUCUUUGUUGUCAUAAAUUGUGUGGCGAAGAAUCGACCGAAGAUAUGAGUCAUACGG